AUGUCAUCUUCGGUCGAGCAUCUGCAAAGCGGCGUAGGACUUGACAUCAAGUACUGUCUUGAUCGUCCUCGCACAUUGAGAGUUGAGAAACAGCGGUCAUUCAGCGGUAAAGAUUAUGUGGUCAAAGAUGAGGAAGGCAAUGUAUUGUUGAAAAGCUACGGGAGAGCCUUCACAGCUAGUAACGCUUUGAUUUCCUUCAAAAUAUAUGGAUUAUAUACCUUGGUGGUACUAACAUGCGAUCAAACCUGCUCUCCAGCUAAUCCAAAAGACGCUUUCGGUUUCAGAACAAAUUUCAAGGAUUUGCUCACCGGUGAAGAUAAAGAGAUUGAAAUCACGUUGGAUUCCUACCGACCGUAUGUGAGAAGAGGUGCCAUCAGACUUCGGAACGAUCAUGGGACUGAAGGCCGCAAUGAUAGGAUUGAAGGUGAAGAAACAUAUAUCGAUUUCAUGAAUAAGGAUCACAAGGAUGCUAGGUCUUAUCAUUAUCAAAUUGAAAUUCAACCAAACGUCGAUUACAGGUUGAUUGCCAUCAUAGCGAUCUGCAUGGCGCAUCUGACGUUCUCCAGUUACUAA